ACUGGAAAGGGGUUUUAAAGGAAGUGACGUGAGAAUGUUGAUGCCGGAAGUGCUAUGAGAUUUUGGCAAUUUGUCCUGCGCAUCUGAGAUCUAGAAGAAGAUGGAAGUGGAUUACAACCCCAUGGAUUUUCCUAUUAAUGCUGUCCAUGAUCAAGAUUUGGACAGAGAUCUGGAAGGGGUGGAUGUGAAAGACAUGAGGCUGGAAGCUGAAGCCAUCGUGAAUGACGUCUUGUUUGCCGUCGCCAACAUGUUUGUCUCCAAAAACUUGCCAUGCGCUGUGGACAUGGCCUACAUCAAUGUGGAGAUUAAGGAGGGGACCAGAUACUGCCUUGAACUCACAGAUGCUGGAUUAAGGGUAGUCGGAUUUGCAUUUGAUCAGGUUGGCUCGGGAUGCCACAGCCAGUAUCAUGAAACCGUCUACUCCUUGCUGGAUUCCCUGAGCCCCGCAUAUCGUGAGGCCUUUGGCAACGCCCUGCUGCGGAGGCUGGAAGCACUAAACGGAGACGACCAGUCAUGAUGGACGGCGAUCCUCGGAUCCACCAUAUCGUGCAGAAUUGUCUGCGUUGGUUAAUUCCUCUUUUCCGAGCAUCUUCUUCCUCCAUCUCCCCUUUCGUUCUGAUUACCGGCAGCUGAGUGCUUGCUGCAGCCCAGGCUAUAAAGCAUAAUUGACAGAUCGCUUCAGGAGGGCACCCUGCCAAAUUCCCAUUUCCUGUAUUGGGCGAUAGCAAGCCAGCCUUUUCAACCGACUUCUGUGUUUAGUGGAACGAGAGAGCUUUUCAUCCAAGCCACUUAUAAUAAGUUAAAAAUACAUUUUAAUGUGGGCGCAUAUCAGAAUGUAAUGAAAUAUUCAUCGAUUUUAAAGGGCAAAUUGAUUCAAGCAGGCAAAUGCACAGUUGGAAUACAUAGAUAGGAACUGUUUUUGUAGCCAAGUACAGUGAUGCAUAUGCUCUUGUAAUCCACCCACCCUGCUGUGCGGUUGGUUUAUAGCGAUAUUGUACAGUGGAUUAUAAUUGAGAGUUUCAGUGCCCAUGCUCAGCUUUCUGCCUGCUCUAUAGAUCACUAGUGAACAUAUCACCCUGGUGAUCACCACUCCACCACAAGCCUCAUAUCUUAUUUUUUUUACAUCUGGCAGGUAUUAGGAUUUUGUCUAAUAAAUUGACAUUAUUAAAAAAAUAACUUCAUGGCUUUUGCCGUGAUUUAAUGUUAGUUUAUUUA